AUGUGGUCGAGUGCGUUCCUCCCUUUCGUGGGGUAUUUUGCUGUGAUCGUCGCUACGGAGCCCUGUAACCCGAAAGCGUGUCAACGGGACUCGGACAAUCCGAAGCCGGUAUGCGGAUCGGACGGGCUCACCUACCCGAAUAGGUGCAUUUUCGAAAAAGCGCGUUGCCACAAUAAAAACGCGACGAUCAGCAAAAGGGGCACCUGCAAAAAACAACGACUCUGCUCCGAAUGGAGCGCUUUCAACGAGCAAAACCCGAUCUACAACAAUAGUUUCGUGCCGAAAUGCCGGCCGGACGGUUCCUACGACUCGGCCCAGUGCCAUUCGGCGGCGAAUUUCUGCUGGUGUGUCACGCCGGAAGGUAUUCCUCUGCCGUACACGUUGUCCAGGAGGAAAAACGACAACAGGACGCCGAAAUGCGGCCGCAAGAAGACCAACAGAAGGCGAUCGUCGCCGUCGAACCAUCGAAGGCAGCAGAGGAACAGGAUGUGCAAAAGGAACGAAAAAUCCGCCUUGAAUAACAAUUUGUUGAACAAUUUUCAAAUGGAAUAUGCUAGGGAAUCCGGUCACAACGAGAGCGAUAGCGUCGUUUUGACGUGGAAAUUCCGGAUGCUCGACCGAAACAAUGAUCAGAUAUUAGAUAAGAUCGAGUACAAAGAUUUCCGACGGGUGGUUAGAAAGAUGGUGAAACCGAAGAAAUGCGCUAAACAAUUUCCCCGGUCCUGCGACGGCAACAAAGACGGACGAAUCGCUCUGCAGGAAUGGACCGAUUGUAUAACCAGGGACGGACGCAUGGACAUGGACGAUGGGAGCAGCCAGAACACAUCCAACGACGACAACAACGGAGACGACGACGACUACGAGGAUCCUUUCGCGCCUGGAAAAUCAACGCCGCACGAAGUUUUGAAUUCCGCGCUGGGAUCCAUGGGAAGCAUGGACGAGGACACUUCAGAGGUAUCAGAAGAACCAACAGAUUGCCUAUCCGACCAAAAAACAGCGCUAUCCGAAGGCUACCAAAUAUACGUACCGAUGUGUACGCCCGAUGGACGAUACGAAAAGAUCCAAUGUUACAAAUCAGCUGGUUAUUGCUGGUGCGUUAACGAAGACACGGGCAAAAACAUACCCGGCACAUCAGUGAAAAAUGGCACACCCAAUUGCGACCACCUAAAAACCAACACGCGCGUAAUGAAAGGCUGCCCAGACGAUAAAAAAUUCGUCUUCCUAAAGGAACUGCUGAACUUCCUGCACAACAAGAUGUCCGAAAUUAUUAACGGCACGAACACCAGCUUCAACAAUUUGGCUUGGAUCGACUCGAAGGAGGAGCAGGUGGCGACGUGGAGUUUCGUAAUAUUGGACAAGAACAAGAAUAAAAUGCUGGAGAAGACCGAAUGGAAGGCCUUCAAGGAUAUGGUGGGUAGCGUGAAGGGCUUGAAGAAGUGCGGAAAGAAGCUGCCCAGGUAUUGUGAUACCAACAAAGAUAGGCAGAUUAGCAUGACCGAAUGGUUGGAGUGCCUGAGCGUGAGGCAAGGCGUUUCAAGUAUUCCCAGCAUUUCAUCUUCGCCGAGGGCUGGAAAAACGAACCCACUCAGUAUGCUGAAAGACGAUUAG